CCGUCUUAUAGGUUUCGCAGUUCUGUUUCCAGGGUCGUGUGGUGACCCCAUUGCUGACGUUAUGGCAAAGCUGAGCGGCAGAGCGACGGCGGGUCUGGUAAUCGUGGGCAUAUGUAUUGUGGGCGGUUUAAUUGGUGUCAUUAUCUACCAGACGGGGCUGAGAAACUCAACUGACCCCACCACCAGCGUUGUCUCAGCCCAGGGAGGGUCACUGCCAGGGCUAGACCUGGUCAAGGAAGACUCGGACUACUUCCUGCAGUUCAAGGGCAACGAUGGUCGCGGUUUGCUUCUGGCCGGGAUUGGCCAAACCUUAGGAUCGAAAGCUGAGAAGUGUGAGUCUGAUGACGACAGUAGCUUGUGUAGAGAAUGGACUGACCGCGCCAAGUUGACCAUAAAACGACGUGACGUCAAUGACGUGCAAUGUUAUGAGGUCAGCUGGCAAGCCACGAGGUGCGUGUCUCAAACUCUCCGGGACUGUGUUCAGAUGGCUAAGGCGCAUUGGUACGGCGGUGCUGAGGACUGGUAUCAGUACUGGCCACUAGAAUUGUGGAGUAGAGCUGAAUCACCAUAUGUUGCCGGCGAUUCUUACGCUCGUGACAUAGGAGGCGUCAUGGAACGUUAUUUUUUCAACACGAAUGGUUUUGGUAUAUAUAUCGAUAAAGAAGUUCCCCUGUACGUAAGCAUUAAUAACACAGGAGACAACGAACUUUGCCUGGCGUCAAAGUACGCCCCACCAUACAACAACUUCGACAACAGUUUACCGCAUCUUAACUAUACGGUAUGCAGGGCGAGAAACGUAAAAAUAAUACACGAGUACAUGUCAAACAAGUACUUUAAACGGCCCGACAAAAUACCUGAUGAACGGCUUUUUACAAGUCCAAUCUGGUCAACAUGGGCUCAGUAUAAAAAAGACAUUAAUCAGUCAACCGUCAUGGAAUUUGCCAACGACAUUUUAUCUAAUAACUUUCCACAUUCUCAGAUCGAAAUCGAUGAUGACUGGACAGUACAUUACGGUGACAUGGACUUCAACAGAGCUAAGUUUCCAGAUCCGGCUGGCAUGGUAAAAAACCUCACGGAUAUGGGUUUCAGGACAACAAUUUGGGUUCACCCUUUCGCAAACAUUGACUCGAUGGCGUUUGCUACCGGAUCCGUCGAGAGAUAUUUUGUCACGGAACCAAGAGGCAAAAUUCCAGCUUUAGUAUCAUGGUGGCGUGGAAACGCUUCCGGUAUUUUGGAUGUUACAAACCCAACCGCUUUUCAAUGGUAUUUGAACGACUUGAAGAUGCUGAGAGACAAAUAUAACAUAAGCUCAUUUAAGUUCGAUGCAGGCGAAGUACCGUGGCUUCCGGCGGCUUACAAGACAAACCAGACGUACCGUAACCCCGACGACUACACUACUCUUUGGGCGGAGCUGGCGUAUCAGGCCGAUACGGAAGUCCGACAUCAGGAAGUCAGGGUUGGAAGCAGAUCUCAACACCUGCCUAUAUUCGUGCGGAUGCUCGACAGAGACUCUAACUGGGAUUAUGACAACGGCCUAAAGACUCUCAUUCCCGUGACAUUCACAUUCGGUUUAUUGGGAUAUCCUUUUGUUUUGCCCGAUAUGAUUGGAGGAAACGCUUAUAAUGGCAGUCUAGAAGGACGUGCAUACCCUGAAAAAGAACUCUUCAUUCGGUGGCUAGAGCUGAACGCCUUUCUACCAAGCAUGCAAUUUUCUAUUGUGCCUUGGAAUUAUGAUGACGAAGUUAUUAACAUAUCGCGUCGAUACAUCAAACUUCAUGAAGAAUAUUCCCCGAAAAUUAUCCACUUGGCCCGGAAGUUCAAUGAGACGGGGGCCCCAAUCAUUCGACCGUUGUGGUGGAUAGCUCCUAACGAUGAAGACGCCCAAACAAUUGACACAGAAUUUCUGUUGGGUGACGAUUUAAUAGUGGCUCCAAUUUUAGAGCGCAAUGCCCGCAACAGAGACAUUUACCUCCCAGACGGAAGAUGGAAGGACAAUUUAAGAGGGGGCGAACUUGACGGCGGACAGUGGCACCGAAACUACUCUGUAGCUCUCGAUGAACUGGCGUAUUUCACAAAAGUGUGAACUUUCGGCAACGUUUCCUCUGGGAUUGGCCUAUAUAGGUUGAUUCACAAUGGGGACAACCCUAUGGACCUGUUUAUAUUCGGACGUUAUUUACGGUAUUAUAUAAUGUUGACAGCACCAGUGGGAUCUAGUAUUACCAUACAAAAAUUAGAUCGUAGAGAUGAAGCAGCUAAUUAUAACGUACGCACACUUUAACGUCAUCCACGGUAAUAUCUGUUUAAAAUUUGUAAAAUGUUUCAAACCAAGAUCCUGUGUAAAAUGAGAGCUUCCAAACUGGCGAGAUAUUUGUACAUCGCACUGAUUUUGCCCUAAGCUGCAUAGUGUGACAAUCUUUGCUUUUAUUGAAAUUAAUUUACCUGUCAUCGGUAGCUUUAUGUUACGGAGAGACAAAUGACACACUUUUUCUUCUGUAUCCCAUAAAAACUCUCUAUUUCUCAAUUUUCUCCCUCGUUUGUCGUCUCUCGAUAUCAUUUUGUGAAAGGUUUUUUUCCGACGCCUAUGAUAUAGUAAAUGUAAACAAAAGCAGUUGACAAGUUCGCUCUUUUAUUUCUAAAGGUAAAAAAAAAUACCGCUGUUGCCGUGUGACUUGCCAACUAUCUUUGCAUGCAACUCCACUAUUAGGGACAUUGAGGAUUUCUCUACGACAGAUAACUGCAACCGUUGUCACUAUCAAAACAAAUGUCGUUACAAGAUUUGACAUCUAGACAGCUUUUGUGACAUAUUUGCUU